AAUUCAGAGAGAGAAGAAAGACGAGAGAGGAAGCAAAAUCUAGAGAGAGAGAGAGAGAGAGAGAGAGAGAGGGGGGGUGAUGACGAUGUACAGAUACCAGGAGUAAGACGAGAGAGGAAGGAAAAUCCAGAGAGAAGAGAGAGAGGGGGUGAUGACGAUGGACAGAGAGAAGGAGAGAGAAACAGAACUGGAGAGUGCAAUGUACACCAACUGUUUGUUGUUAGGGCUGGAUCCGUUCAUCAUCGGAAUCGGAGCCAACAACGGCACCCCUCGGGUCGGACUCUUCCGCCACUCCAACCCUAAAUUGGGCGAACAGCUUCUUUACUUCAUCUUGUCUUCUCUUAGAGGCCCAGUUCAAUCUGCAAAAGACUUCGAUAAAGUUUGGCCAAUUUUCGAUUCUGCACAGUCCCGUGACUUUCGGAAGGUCGUGCAAAGUAUAAUUAGUGAGCUUGAAUCGCAAGGGGCACUACCCAGGAGCAACUCAAGGGUUUCAUCCCUUGCUACGUGUUGUGGACCGAGAUUUGUUGAACUCUUGUGGCAACUUUCUUUGCAUGCUUUGCGGGAGGUUCAUAGACGAACGUUUGCAGUCGAUGUAGCUUCUAACCCACUGCCUGCUUCAUUGACAGAUGUAGCUUUCUCGCAUGCAGCUACCCUGCUUCCUGUAACAAAGGCUAGAAUAGCACUUGAACGUAGGAGGUUUCUGAAAAAUGCUGAGACAGCAGUCCAAAGACAAGCUAUGUGGUCAAAUUUGGCUCAUGAAAUGACAGCAGAGUUUCGUGGUCUUUGUGCCGAAGAGGCUUAUCUGCAGCAAGAACUUGAAAAAUUACAUGACUUGAGGAAUAAAGUUAAGUUGGAAGGGGGACUGUGGGAUGAACUUGUAUCCAGCUCAAGCCAGAAUUCUCAUUUAGUUCAAAGAGCCACUCAUUUAUGGGAUUCUUUAUUAGAUCGAAAGAGUCAACAUGAAGUUCUUGCCUCUGGCCCUAUUGAGGAUCUGAUAGCUCAUAGGGAGCACAGGUACCGCAUCUCUGGAUCAUCUUUGCUUGCAGCCAUGGAUCAAAAUCCCCAGGUACCUUAUGCAGAUGUGUUGUCUGUCCAGCCUGGCAAUCUAUCAGAUGACAAAGAACAGACAGAUGGAUCAUAUGCCAAUCAAAGUGGAAAGCUAAACGAUUUUUUAGAUUCUUCUAUGCAAAAUGAUGAAAAAUAUUCUCGAGUGGAUGACAGAAGCGGAAGAGUACACCCCACUGUUGAUAUUGCUGAAGUUCUACGGCGUUGGACGCAUGCUUUACAACGUAUUCAUAAACAGUCAAUUCAGCUGUCAAAAGCCAAUGAUGGUGAGGGUCCUGAGCUUCUACGAAGUGCAAACGAUCCCAGUACUAGUGGGCAUGCUGAAUCGUUGGCAGUAACUCUUGGUGAACAUCGACAACACUUAGCUAGCAUACAGGUGCUCAUAAAUCAACUGAAGGACGUUGCCCCUACUCUACAAAAUUCAAUUACUGAGCUUACACUAGAAGUAAACAGUAUUUCCUCCAAUCUUCCUCCUGGUGCAGAGCUUCAUGGCAGAUCAACCUCACCUAUUCAUGCACAGACCGGUGGAAGAACAAUGGAAAAUAGCAGUAGUGAUGUUCAAAUUGAGAAAGUGUCUGCCAGUCCCCCUGCAUUUAAACUCCCUCCUUUGUUUAGCGUGACACCAAAUUCUUCUGGGAAAGGUGGGAAUGUGCAGAAGCGAAACACCUUAUCUCACACUAAUCAGAUAGAAAUUAUGUCAGAAAGGAAGUCUGUAGACCAGCCCCUGUCAAGUAGUCACAUUGAUGUUCCCCGACAAGACAGCGAGAAUUCAUAUGUCCAGAACAUAAAGCGGUCUGUCAGAGAAGCUGCUCUGUCAGUGCAACCUUGCAGUUCGGAAUUAUCACAGGACAGCCAAUCUGAUGAUAGCUCUGAGCACUUCUUUGUUCCACUUUCAGGAACUGGGUUUUCUCGUCUUGGCCAAGAUACAAAACUAGGUUCAGCAAGGAGUAAACUUUUAUUUGCAUCUCAAGACCUUUCUGUUGGGAAACGUGCUCUCAAUAGUAAUGCUCAUAGCAAGCACAAGGAGCUACGACAUGUACCAAAUGAUUUGGAUUCAUUUCAGGAGUAUGAUGGGGAAAAUGAUUUUCUCUCGGGUGCUGGAUCAAAUUGCACAGUUUCUGAUUCACAGAAGUCGUAUUAUGAUGAUGAGGAAGCCCGGGAUCAAGUUUUUUCACCUUCAUUGCUAUUGGACACAUCGUUGAUGGGAGAUUUUUAUGAAGACUUACUUGCACCAUUAUCGGAAACGGAAACAGCCUUGAUGGAGCGCUAAACCUUGACUCGCUCUAUUCUCCAGAAGACAGAAACAGUUGUUGUUUUGUGCUAGCAUUUAUCACCUGGGAUAUUCUACGGUCCAAUUGUUUUGUAUAUCAGAUGGUGCUUGUAUGAUCUCUUUUUCUUCCUGCCGUGUCAUUUCUUGCUUCUGCUACAUGGGCACUUGCCUUAUCUAGUGUUCAGGAGUGGAGGGGACUACUUACAUUCGCAGCUUUGCCUUUUAGGUGCUUGAUAGAUGCCUGACUGUAUAAUGAUCAUGUGACAAUCGGUUCAAGUGUUGGGAGGCUAGAAAGCACUGCCUGACAGGUAGGCUGCAAGAUGUACUGGGGGUUUAUGUUAUUUGAUGACAAUUUGUUUGCCGGUGUGGAAAGUGCCAAGCCUGAUGGUAAAAUAUCUGGCACACCUUGCAAUUUGGCGAGUUAACCCCUGUGGGCAUUGAAUGGUGAAAGGUUUUGUUCAUUAUACUGUGUCCCUUCAUCGGCUCUUAGAGUAUUUUUCCCUUUUUGCUGCAAUAAUUUACAGGUAUUGAUUGUUGUAAUUCUUGGCAUACAAUUGUCUCAGUGAAAGGUUUUGUUCAUUGCAAUGCUCCA